AGACCCCGACACACCUGGGUGAUUCACCAAGACGGCAUGAAGCCGCUGCGUUACUGGAAGGUCCUACAGAACGGUGGGUUAUCGAGGGAGCAGCCGCCUUCACGCCCUGAGCAGAUCUGGGACAACCCUCUGCUGCGCCCCGCCUUCGACACAAACACCACCACGGUUGUCAUCACCUCCACGGGCCGCGCCGCCUACCUGCACUGCCGCGUCAACCACUUAGGCAACAGAGCAGUGACGUGGCUGAGGAAGAGGGACGCCCACGUACUCACGGUCGGCCUCUUCUCGUACACGUCAGACCAGCGCUUCACGCCCCUGCACUCCGAGGGCUCGCCAGACUGGGUCCUCAAGAUCACCAGCCCGCAGACGAGGGAUUCAGGGAUAUACGAGUGCCAGGUGUCCACAGAGCCAAAGAUCUCUCGGGCCUUCAACCUUAGCGUCGUGGAGUCAAUGGCAGUCAUCGAGGGCUCCCGGGACAUCCACAUGAGCUCAGGCAACACCCUCAACCUCACCUGCUCCACCACCGAGCCAGCUUACCUGCCCUCCUACUUCUACUGGUACCACAACGGGGAGGUGGUGCACUACUCCGGCAAGAACGACGUGGCGGUGCACACGGCGGAGGGCACGUCGCGCCUCGGGGUGGCGGACGUGGGCCCCGAGCACUCUGGGAACUACACCUGCGUGCCCGAGAACGCCGCCCCCGCCACCGUCACCGUCUACGUGCUCAGAGCAGGCGAGCACCCCGCGGCCAUGCAGAGAGGCGAGAGCUCCACCGCCGUGCCUCGCGUCUCCUUCCUCAUCCUCCUCGCCGUCUGCUCCAUCCUCAUCGUCCUCGCCAGAUGAUGAGGUUCGCGGACACCCCACAGCAAAGACACGAACGACGACGACAACACCAGCUCCACGGCCUGAGCAUGAGGGUCACUUUCUCUGUGUCUGUCCGUCUGUUUGGUCUGUUUGCCUGUCAUGAAGUGGACAAACAGGCGCCCCACAGUAACUCGGGGAGGCGGCCGGCGCCGGGGUGGGUGGGCGAGGGCUGGCGGGAGUUUGUUUGGCAAGACUUGUGUGUGUGUGUGUGUGUGUGUGUGUGUGUGUGUGUGUGUGUGUGUGUGUGUGUCCAUGGAGACUUCGGCGGGCCAACAGGCUGACUCAUGUCCAGGCUAUUCGCGUUAUUGUGUGGCGGGAUGACUCAUUCCGAGGCUUCAUAUACCAAGAUGGCAGACGGCCUGACUUAUUGCCGGCACAAAUGACGACUGUUGUUUGGUAUUGUUGGUGGUCUUGUGACCUGCCUGAUUGGAUGGCUGACUGACUGGUGGGUAUGGUUAACUGACUGAGUGGGUGGAUGGACAUAAAGACUGAUUAAUUAACGGUAUGUGUGGUUAGUAGGGUGGUUUAGCAGAUGGAUGGUUGGCUGCCUGGUUGAUGAACUAUCUGGCAGGCUUGGUAGAGAAGGGGAUGGACGGGGUAAUGGAUGGCUGUUUUAUUAGAUGGCUUACUCCUAGCACGGACGAAUGGACAGUGCUUUAGUUGUACGGCGAGUUGGUGGACUGGUCGGCCGGCUGACUGGCGCGCUGACAAACUGGCCCUGUCAUGAGUUGGCCGGCGGAACGAAAGAACAUUUAGUGUUGAACCCGGAUGGGCCGCGCGGGAGGCCUUACCGACGGGCACGCAGAUGAAUGAACAGCGGCGGGACGGUCGAUGAAGCACUACGCCUGCGUGUUAAAAUUAAUUAAUCAGUGAGUGAAUACACGGCGCCAGGCAGACACGCAGCACGCACGGUCAUCAAUCAGCGUGACUCGAGUCUUUAGAAAAGCGUACGGCGCCCGAACGUUCAAUAUCCUACAGCGCUUAGCCACGGAAGUCACCCAUAACACCAGACAAUAAACCGCACGGAGCCAUGACGCCUAAUCCGUACCCAAGUCAACCAUGUCAAUCCUCCAACAACAGCUCCGGAAUGCCUCAGAAUCAGACAGAAAACCGGAGGGAGCCCAAACGUCCGAUGUCCUACAGUCAGAUGCGAGUUUCCUUCAUAACAGCGCUGGAACAGAAGUCAAGAUUCGGAGUUAGAAACGCAAGACAGUCCAAACUUCCAUACUCUACACCAGCCACAUGUGAGUCCUUCCGAACGACGCUAUAAUGGGGAAGGUUCACUAGUUUGUACGCAGCUUUCCAAUAAGUAUUCAUAUCAAGAAAAAACACUCUGAAAAACCUUACUGAGAUAUUAACGGAAAAUCUUGCCAAAAUAAACACAUUUUUUUUUAUAUAUGGUCUAGUUUAUUUAUACUUCAACAUACAUUUUAGGAUACACUUUUUUUUGGACUGACUGCAAAUUGGAAGGAUACGAAAAGCCAGCUCAAAAUAUCCCGUUUCUCAAAGUCAGGGAGAGGGAGAACGUGAUUUCCAGGGAGCGAAGUUACAAUUGGACAGCGUGGGUGGCGGGCGCGGCGGCUGCACCAAUUAAAGGCGCCACAUUCUCCCAGGUGCUUGUCAUCCUGCCAAUCAGCGGCCGCCACGUCAUGCAAUUAGUGUGGCCGCAAGUGAGGUGAUUGGUCAGGCCAGUCAGGGUGCCACUCAAGGUCUGGACACGGGCGUCAAAGGGCUCCUCAAAAUGAAUUAAUUAUCCCACGACGAGGAAAGACGAGCAGGCGAACGCAAAAACAGACAGACAAAUAGCUAGACGGACAACCAGAGAGACAGGAAAAUGACAAACGCUCGAAUACUCAGACGCAACGACGUAAAAUCCUUCAAACAGAGGCGGACACAAAAAAUAAAUAAAAAAACAUCAACAAUAUCCUUGAAGAUAAAUGAGACAAUUGAAGGAUCCCUCCCCACACAUACACGCCCCCUUACAUACAAUUCCGCCCCCCUGACCCCACACACACGCCCACACACACACACACACACACACACACACACACACACACACACACACACACACACACACACACACACUCCCAAAUGCACACACUCACGCCCACACAUACUUUCAACACUGCCUCGCCUCGCCUCCUCGCAAAACGUUAAGCCAUAAAUUCUGUAAUGAAGACCGGGACGUAAGCGCGAGAGACUUUCCCCAAAAAAAUUCAAGACACGCCGCGGAGAGCGAUCCAUCCACCAUCGUCUCGAGAAUGCGAAAGAAAACUCAUAAAUUUUACACCAGAAUUAAUGCUUUCCGAGAGUAUCCUACCGAAGAGAGAGAGAGAGAGAGAGAGAGAGAGAGAGAGAGAGAGAGAGAGAGAGAGAGAGAGAGAGAGAGAGAGAGAGAGAGAGAGAGAGAGAGAGAAACAUACAGACAGACAGGCAGAGUGCAUGUGUGAAGCGGUCGGUCACUCAGACAAAUUAACAAACACACAGACAGGAAGACAGACAGAUAGACAGACCCAGAGCACACGUACACACAUACAAACACACACACCCAUACCUCCCCCCCACACACAGUUACCAAUACCAAAGAGGGAGACAAAGAGAAGAAUGGAAGAGAGGAAGGAUAAAGAGAGACAGAGAAGAAUGGAGGAGAGAAAGAAUAUAAAUAGACAAAGAGGAAGAGAGAGAAGGAGGAGGGAGAAAACCAGACAGACACAGCAUCAAACUUUCGUCCCUUGAGAUUAUGAAGAGGAAAGAGGAAAAAGAAGAGGACGAAAAAGAGGAAGAAGAGGAGGAAGAAGACGCCUCGUGCUGUACCGUAUAACCCAGUCCGUCAAAAACAUUAUAAAAAAAAACACUGAACUCUUUUGAAUAUAUAGAAAAAAAACUUGUAAAUAUUUCCGCCACGACGAUGAGAGUAAAAGGUUCCGAUUCCUUUCGCUGUCGUCAGGUUCACUUCGUCGUGGGCUUGGUCUGGGCACCACCGAUCGACCGUUUCUCGUAUAUAUGAUCCGUAUUCAUGUACACGUUCCGGGUCGUGCAGUGGUGAGUCCUGCGGGGAGGCAUGACUGUUUGAUGUUCCGCUUGCCGUGUCGUGAAGCCUCGAAACUGUUUCAAAACCCUGCUUCACUGGUCCAAAGGUGAUGAAGCAAACUUAUCAUCAAGAGAAGCCAUUUUUUUAAACUUUGAGGUGGCUCGUAUCUUCUUCUCUACAAUGUUCCACGGAGAUAAGAUAAAAAAAAAGUUGUAUAUAGUCUGAAACUGCAUUUUAUACUCUGUACAAGGCAAGGCCGUGGCGCGAGUCUGUGUGUGUGUGUGCGUGUGUGUGUUUACUCAUCAAUUCUAUGUUUUUAUGGAGGAAGGGAAUAAAAGGGAAUAUAUAAAACCUACAAUCAACCCUCCUAACAACAGGCGGCCGAGUGUAUAUACGGUAGGGAGAAUAUUACUCUGUGUUUUUAUAUAGCCUAGAGUGUAUGUCACGUUUUCAUUUUCGGAUUUUUCAUUUUUCAUUUUUCAAAACCACUAACUUUUAUAUUCCAUCACGUCACCACCGUUUUCUUUCCCCCGCCUCACCCCGACCCUUCCACCGCCUCUUCGUUACACCCACGCUUACCCAACGUUUCCAUCCCACCUUCACGGCUUUACUGGGUUUGACUGCAUUAAUUUAUCGACUUCGUAGGUAAAGGUAUACAAUUAAGGCGAUAAGGUGGUAUAUGAUUAGUGUUCUCAGCUAACCCCCCAAAAGACUGCUGUUUCGUAGCUCUAAGACAAAUAUUAGUGUGUUAUUUGUCUAUGUGAUCAAUCAAUGGAAUAAAAUGUAUUUUUAGAA